UGUGACUAAGCAAAAAAAUUCAUGUUGUCGUUAGAAGUCGUAGACUUACAAUUCUCAGGAUGAGGAAGGGCUAGUUACACUGAUUUCAUUUCCAUUCUUUUCUGUCUCUUUUCCUUUUAUUGAGGAGUAGGUGCUUUACCUAUGAGAAAUUAUCACUUUGUCUCAAUUUAUUAAUUUAUAAAUUUCUGCUAAAAACAGGUGAAGCAUCUGGGAAUUAUUAUAUCAAAACCCACGAAUGGCUUGCCGGCGGUGGAGUUUGGUGACCAAAAAGUCUUUUAUAUGAAUUCUCAUUUUUUGUGAAGCUCGACUAUGGAAAGCAACUUGUUGGAGGCUCUUAAUGUCCACAUGGUUGGGUCAGGUAAGAGAGUCAUAGUCCUUGCCCACGGCUUCGGCACCGACCAGUCGGUAUGGCAGCGUAUUUUGCCUUACUUCGUCCCCAGCUACCGCGUCAUUCUCUAUGACCUUGUUUGUGCCGGCAGCGUCAACCCUGAUUACUUCAACUUCCAACGCUACUCCACUCUUGAUGCCUACGUGGACGACUUGCUUAACAUUCUUGAUGCUCUUGCUGUUGAUUGCUGCGCCUUUGUGGGUCACUCUAUUUCCGCCAUGAUUGGGAUUUUAGCUGCAAUCCGACGCCCCCAUCUAUUCUCCAAGCUCAUACUCAUAGGUGCUUCUCCAAGGUUCUUGAAUGACAAGGAUUAUCAUGGUGGGUUUGAGCUAGGGGAUAUUGAGAAAGUGUUCUCAGCAAUGGAGGCCAAUUACGCUGCUUGGGUUGACGGUUACGCACCAUUAGCAGUUGGGGCCGAUGUUCCUGCAGCAGUCCAAGAAUUCAGCCGAACCCUGUUCAAUAUGCGACCUGAUAUCGCUUUUUAUGUUUCACGAACAGUAUUCAACAGUGAUCUGAGGGGAGUAUUGGGGCUGGUGAAGGUACCCUGUUGCAUAAUCCAAACCAGUAAUGACACCUCAGUCCCAAACUCUGUUGCAGACUAUCUGAGGGACCAUCUGGGUGGCCAAAACACAGUGGAGAUGCUGGAAACUGAGGGUCACUUGCCCCAUCUGAGCGCACCAGCUCUAUUGGCUCGGAAGCUCCAACGAGCCCUUUCACAGUGAAUGUGUUUAAAAGGAUUUCUAGCUUAGCACCAUAUCCCUCCUUACUUUUGUCUGCUGCUAUAGCCUUAGUGGGGUCCCAAAAAAACCCUCUGAAAAAUAUAAGAAGGGUGAAGAUGAUGACCUAAAUAGUCUGGAGUUGAUUUGUUGUGUAGAAUUGUCUAAAAUUAGAUUGAAACUCCAAAGGCUGGUUUCAUUCGAAUAUAUGUUGGGUUACUAUUAUUAUUUGUGCACCUGGUACUAAUGUUAUUGGUGCACCUCUAAUAAAUAUCACCUCCAAAGUUAAACCAGUCGUCAUGCUCGAGCAGCACUACCGUCAAUGGCAGAACUGUUUCUAAAAGUUUGAAGAAUUUUGUAGAAUGCUUUGCUCAACAUUGCUAAACAUUAACUUUGCAUUAGUGGUC